UAGCAUAGUCAACCACUGCCUAUAGGUAGCUAAUGCAAUUUGCAUUCCUAAGAUUCUCCUGCUUGGAUAUCUAGCGCUCCUCUUUGUGUUUCUUGCAGGCUACUUGUGAAUGGAUUGCUUCAGGAUUUGCACAGCCUAACAUGGGUGUCCCGCCAUUCCUUGCAUCGGAAGAUUUUGUCUUGGCGCAGUGAAUGAAGAACAUGCAGUGAUUGCUAAUGGAUUUGGGAAGCAUAUGUUCUGUACUCUAAGUGACCAUGCCGUGAUCCUCACUGAGGGCCAUUACCCUGCUUAACGUCAAUAUAACUAUUCUGGGGAAUCUAACAACAUAGGGGAAUAAAUACUGUGCAUUAUACGAACAACAUGAAGAUUACCUCCCCAAUACUAACUAAUCUGAUCUUCAGGCUUCUUCUGAUAUUACUAUGUGUGGGAUAUUCUCGUGGGAUGCCGCACGUUUUACGAUUUGGGGGGAUUUUUGAAUCUGUAGAAUCUGGUCCUUCAGGAGCAGAGGAAUUAGCCUUCAAAUUUGCUUUAAAUACAAUCAACAGAAACAGGACACUCCUGCCAAACACAACGCUAACAUAUGACAUCCAAAGGAUAAACAUCUAUGACAGUUUUGAAGCUUCUAGAAAAGCCUGUGAUCAGCUCUCUCUGGGGGUGGCAGCCAUCUUUGGUCCUUCACACAGUUCUUCAGCCAAUGCUGUACAGUCCAUCUGCAAUGCACUGGGAGUUCCUCACAUACAGACAAAAUGGAAGCACCAAGUCUCGGACAACAGGGACUCUUUCUAUGUCAGUCUUUAUCCCGAUUUCUCUUCACUCAGUCGAGCAAUACUGGACUUGGUCCACUUCUUCAAAUGGAAAACUGUCACGGUUGUAUACGAUGACAGCACAGGUCUCAUUCGAUUGCAAGAGCUCAUCAAGGCCCCUUCGCGUUACAACAUUCGAUUGAAAAUUCGGCAGUUACCAAUGGACACAAAGGAUGCCAAGCCUUUGCUGAAGGAAAUGAAAAGAGGAAAAGAAUUCCAUGUAAUAUUUGAUUGUGGUCAUGAAAUGGCAGCUGGUAUAUUAAAGCAGGCAUUAGCUAUGGGAAUGAUGACAGAAUAUUACCAUUAUAUUUUCACCACACUGGACCUCUUUGCCCUUGAUGUGGAGCCUUACCGCUACAGUGGUGUUAACAUGACAGGAUUCCGAAUCUUAAACACAGAAAACACCCAAGUAGCUUCAAUAAUUGAGAAGUGGUCGAUGGAGCGGCUCCAAGCGCCUCCCAAACCAGACUCAGGUUUGCUGGAUGGAUUUAUGACGACUGAUGCAGCUUUAAUGUAUGACGCAGUUCAUGUGGUGGCGGUGGCUGUCCAGCAGUCCCAGCAGAUAACUGUCAGCUCAUUACAGUGCAACCGGCACAAGCCCUGGCGCUUCGGGAACCGGUUCAUGGGUCUCAUUAAAGAGGCCCACUGGGAAGGAUUAACAGGCCGGAUAACUUUCAACAAAACCAAUGGCUUGAGGACUGAUUUUGAUUUAGAUGUGAUCAGCCUGAAGGAGGAGGGCCUUGAGAAGAUUGGAACUUGGGAUCCGCCAAGUGGCUUGAACAUGACAGAAAACCAAAAGGGAAAGACAACCAACAUCACUGACUCCCUAUCCAACCGAUCCUUGGUUGUUUCCACCAUCUUGGAAGACCCAUAUGUGAUAUUUAAGAAGUCUGAUAAACCUCUUUAUGGAAAUGAUCGGUUUGAAGGAUACUGCAUCGACCUCCUCAGGGAGCUGGCCAAUAUCCUAGGAUUCACGUAUGAGAUAAGAUUGGUGGAGGAUGGGAAAUAUGGAGCCCAAGAGGACACGAAUAACGGCCAGUGGAACGGCAUGGUCAAGGAACUCAUGGACCAUAAAGCUGAUCUUGCAGUUGCUCCUCUGGCUAUCACCUAUGCCCGGGAGAAAGUCAUUGACUUCUCCAAGCCCUUCAUGACGCUGGGAAUAAGUAUUUUGUACCGCAAGCCCAAUGGUACAAACCCUGGUGUUUUCUCCUUCCUGAAUCCACUCUCUCCUGAUAUCUGGAUGUAUAUUCUGCUGGCUUACUUGGGUGUCAGUUGUGUGCUGUUUGUCAUAGCCAGGUUUAGCCCCUAUGAGUGGUAUAAUCCCCACCCAUGCAAUCCCGACUCGGACGUGGUGGAAAACAAUUUCACCUUGCUAAAUAGUUUCUGGUUUGGAGUUGGAGCUCUCAUGCAGCAAGGUUCUGAGCUCAUGCCCAAAGCCCUUUCCACCAGAAUUGUUGGGGGUAUCUGGUGGUUUUUCACACUGAUCAUCAUUUCUUCAUACACUGCUAACCUAGCCGCCUUUCUAACAGUGGAACGCAUGGAAUCGCCCAUAGAUUCAGCAGAUGAUUUGGCUAAACAAACGAAAAUAGAAUAUGGUGUAGUGGAAGAUGGUGCCACAAUGACAUUUUUUAAGAAAUCCAAAAUCUCAACAUAUGACAAGAUGUGGGAAUUUAUGAGCAGCCGAAGACAUUCUGUGCUUGUGAAGAGCAAUGAAGAAGGAAUCCAGCGUGUGCUCACCUCUGAUUAUGCCUUCUUAAUGGAGUCAACGACCAUUGAGUUUGUUACACAGCGGAACUGUAACCUCACACAGAUUGGUGGCCUUAUAGAUUCCAAGGCAUAUGGAGUCGGCACUCCCAUGGGCUCUCCUUACCGGGAUAAGAUCACCAUAGCAAUUCUCCAGCUGCAGGAGGAAGGGAAGCUCCACAUGAUGAAGGAGAAAUGGUGGAGGGGAAAUGGCUGCCCCGAAGAGGAGAGCAAAGAAGCCAGCGCCCUGGGGGUGCAGAACAUCGGUGGAAUCUUUAUCGUGCUGGCAGCAGGCCUUGUCCUAUCAGUGUUUGUGGCAGUUGGAGAAGUCUUGUAUAAAUCUAAACAAAAUGCACAGCUUGAAAAGAAGUCCUUCUGUAGCGCCAUGGUGGAUGAGCUCAGGGUGUCUCUGAAGUGUCAACGUCGUCUCAAACACAAGCCCCAGGCCCCUGUCAUGGUAAAAACAGAAGAAGUCAUCAACAUGCACACAUUUAAUGACAGAAGAUUGCCAGGCAAGGAGACCAUGGCAUAGAACUUGGGUGGGGGGAGAAAAGGAAGCUGCUCUGAACACAAACUGUCAUCAUUGUUCAAAACUAUUUGCCAGAAAAUGUUUCCUGUGGAAAUAUGCAACCUGAGCAAAACCAAGUGAGUUACCUCAUGCAUCUGAAACUGGAAGACGACGGAUCUGACGUGGGGAGGGGGGGGGUCAAAGAAACUGGACCCGAAUUCAGAAUUAAACAAUCAAUCUUAAUAAAGAAAAAAAACAUUUUGGAUGAACGUAGGCAUGCGGGUAUGCCAUGUGUCUCGGGUUAACCUGUCCUUUUUUUGAAUGUUUCCAUGUGAAUCUUACUAGUGCUCUCAUGGGCAACUGAACUAUUUGUUCCCUGAUCAGUUAUCACUGAGUGUUGUUGGAUAAGCCAACCUAUUAAGCAAAAUACACACUUUCACAGGGAACCCCCUGUUGACAGAUUAAAAUGAAAUAAAGUUCUAAAAAAGCACUUCACAUGUGGAAAUAUACUGUCUAUUGUUUGAAAUGACUGAUGAAGCUGGUAACACAGAUCCUUGCUUUGGUAGCACAAAACAACCAGUCCAAAUUAGUCCAUCAUACUGAAUGGACAGCAGUAAUGGACAAGAAACAAAUGCAAUUAUAAUCAAGCCUAAGGCAAUAACAAGUUAUUUCAGAAACUUGUUUGUGUAGAUUGGACUAAAAUAUAUUAUUGCAUCUUAAGAAUAAUAAAAACAAUUUCUAAAAAAAAAUCUAUCCAGUGUAUAAGGUGUCGCUCACUCAAGUUUCCGGUUAAGUGAGUUGCCAAUCAUUUAGUUGCAAUAGAAAGACAAGGUUUUGUUUUUUUGGGGAUUUUUUUUGCCCAAUAGGAGUCUUUGAGUUUGACCCAAAGAGCUAUUUGCCCAACUCCUAGCAAAUUCAUUCUGAGUGAUUUGACAACCUGACCUUUUAAAGCCUUUGCAGCUCUGGUUGAAUGUGCACAUAGGACUUGCUCACCUAAAAUGAUUCAAAGUUAGUUUUAACUGGAGACUUGUAUUUAUUUAUUGAGCUAUCUAUUUAUUUAUUUAUUUUCUUGUUCGUUAAUGUAUCUAUUUAUAAUUUUUGACUGCAUCACACCUGUAUACAAUCACCACCACAUCCAAAUACAAAAAAUGCAAGAUGUUUCUUUUACUCUCUCUCUCUCUCUCUCUCUCUC